AUGCGCACUGCUAGGCCUGGUGGUGGCGCGAUGUUCCAAACUGCCAGCAAUAUAGAUGGCGACGAGGCACGGUCUAACCCGGGCGUGGGCCAGGGUUUUCCGGCAGCAUGGCAGCCGUAUGUCGAGCGCAUUGAGUUGUAUUGUGCAGCGAGCAAGCUCACAACGGAUGAGGACAAGCGAGCGGUGUUGCUCAGCUGCUGUGGCCCAGAGACGUACUCCCUCAUAGCCACUCUCGUGAAGCCGUCGCGACCGCCAAACGUGGACUACCAAGUCAUCGUUGAUGCAGUAAAGAAGCACGUCAACCCGAAGCCAUCUGAACUAUACGCGAGGAAAACCCAGGACCAUGGAAACGCAGAUUGCCUGAGUAGGUUGCCGGCUCCCUUAACCCGACAGGAGACUGAAGUACCGGGUGACAUACUCCUACUGGAAGCUGUGGAGUACCCUCCAGUGAGCGCACGAGAAGUGGCAGCGUACACCAGCAGUGAUCCCCAGCUGUCCCAAGUGAAGAAAUGGAUCCUGGAGGGUUGGCCACGCGAGCGAGUAGCCCCGGAGUACUCUGCGUAUGAGGUGAGACAAAACGAGUUGUCCGUGCAUCGCGACUGUGUGCUCUGGGGAAGCCGCGUAUUAAUUCCUGAGGCAUUGCAGAAAGAAGUGUUAAGUCUUAUGCACGCUAACCAUCCGGGAGUGACGGCCAUGAAGGCAAUAGCUAGGUCGUACGUGUGGUGGCCUCAUAUGGACAGAAGGAUAGAAGAGCUAGUUAGAUGCUGCCGGCCGUGCCAGGUAAACAGGCCGAGUGAACCAAAGACACCAACGCAUUUCUGGACUAAGCCAGAACGACCUUGGAGUAGAAUCCACGUGGAUUUCGCAGGACCGAUCCAAGGCGUGCAUUUUCUGGUGGCGGUAGACGCCCUCUCGAACUGGGCUGAAGUCGAAGUUAUGCCGUCUCUUCACUCAGUUGCGGUAAUUGAAAAAUUCCGCAAGAUGUUCGCAGCGUAUGGAUUACCCGACCUGGUUGUGUCUGAUAAUGGCACCGCUUUUGCCAGCAGGGAAACUCAAGAUUUCCUUAAACGAAAUGGCAUUCGCUAUAUGUAUACCGCGCCUUACCACCCGUCAAGUAACGGAAGGGCGGAGCGGAUGGUACGAGAACUGAAAUGUUCAUUACGGAAACAGAGACAGGGCACCGUACAAUGCAAGGUGUCACGUUUUUUGUUCAAACAGCACUCUACGCCACACUCCUAA